GCCACUGACGUCUUUUUCCAAUAUGGCGCGCGGUGGAGUGACGUGUUUGAUUAUUUUUGUUGUAAUUUGUGGUUUUCUGAAUGUAAAAGGACAAAAAGACAUUAUUUUGUUAAAUGAAGACAACUGGACGGACAUGCUGAAGGAUGAGUGGAUGGUGGAAUUUUAUGCACCAUGGUGCCCAGCUUGUAAGGGUCUCCAAGACACAUGGAGACAGUUUGCGUCAUGGGGCCUCGAUAUGGGGAUCAAGGUUGGUCAAGUCGACGUGACCUCUUCACCAGGUCUCAGUGGUAGAUUCAUGGUGACUGCUUUGCCCACCAUAUUCCAUGUCCUCAAUGGUGAAUUUCGACAAUACAAAGGUUCCAGAGAUAAGGAGUCUUUCAUGUCUUUCGUAGUCGAGAAAAAGUGGCAACAAGUCGAACCUGUGCCUUAUUGGAAAUCGCCCAACUCUAUACAAAUGUCGAUCGUUUCCACAUUUUUCAAACUAUCACAGACUUUGAGGCUGAUUCAUACGAAAUUGAUGGAUGAUUUUGGGUUGCCAACAUGGGGGUCUUACUUGAUUUUCGCCAUAGCUACCAUCAUCAUGGGGGCUUUACUGGGAUUGGUUUUGGUUUGUAUGAUUGAUUUGAUCUAUCCUCCCAAACAAACAGUGGUAGUGACCAAAGAACAGAAGAAAGCAAAGGAAUCUGAUGAUGAAUUGGGAGAUGAAGAUAUCAAAGAUGAUUUAUUAGAUGAUGCUGAAGGGUCAGAUAAAGAUAAAAAUAAAAGCAAUCCAAGCAGUCCAAACGCCAAGAAACGUAAACCAAGAAGAGCCGAUUAAUUAAACAAGAGGGCAAAAUUUGAGACUUUAGUGACAGUUUGCGAAGUGACUAACAUAAAUGGAAAGAAAUCAAUGAUUCCGACAAGAUAUUUAAAUUUUCUAUUAUUAUUAAUAUUAUUGUAGAUUUUUUCAAUAAACUUGUGAUGUUAUUUUUAA